GGAUUUAAUCAUUCUUAAAUCAAGUCGUUGACCAAACUGUUUCUGUUCUUUACUGUCUUGGGAUAGUCUUCUAUUUUCUUUGCUGAAAACAGGUUAUCCCAAGGGACCUUGAAAUCUUUCAAAGCCAAAAUGCAAAAAGCAUCAGUUUGGUUCCUCCUCAGUUUAGCCUAUUCUUUAUCCAGUGCAAGGAAACAAAGAGAAUGCCAUGCUCCUGUCACUCAUUCCCAAGAUGACAUCAAUGUUCUCUCCCAGGGGCUUCUACAGCUUGGAAUGGAGCUCAAGAUGCAAGUGAGCUACAACAAAAAUCACACUGGUCGCCUGGUUAAACAACUGGACACUCUGAACACCUCUUUAGCUGAGCUUCUAACUCAAGUUAGCCAGCAGGAGAGAAAGGGCGAAGACCUGGAGAGGAGAGCUGAGCAGCUCGACACGAGGAAUGAAGGCCUCCGGCAGCUGGUUGCUGAGCUCCAGCAUCAGCUGGCGGUGGGGAUACAGUACAGAGAGAAAUUCAGUGAGAGGCUGGAACUGCUGGAGCGGAAGAUGGAGGAUGCUGUGCUCUUCAAGGCAGAUGGGCCCUCUCUCACACAGGUGAUGGACGACAUCAUGCCCUCUGUGCAAAGACAGAACCAAAGAAUUGAUGAACUAUUUGCUGAAGUGAAAAUGCAGCAAAAUCAACUGCACAAACGAGAUACCCUCAUUAAAAAACUCCGGGAAAAGGUUAAAUCAAAGCACAAAUCCACAAAGGAAUCAGUGAAAACUGGAAACGAAAAGAAAUCCCUUGAUGUGUAGGGUGAAGAGGACAUUCCAACUUCAGAAAUCAGAGCAAGAAAAAUGAAGCACGAAUCCUGUCUAGGGCCCAAGUCUGAGUCCACACAAGGUUGCCUGUCCUGGGAAAUGACAAGAGAUUAGAAGGAGGAACUGGGGGGCAGGGGUGGGGGUGGGAGCCAGUCACAAGCAGUAGCUUGCCCCGUAGUAACCUCCAUACUCUGUGGGCUAGGCUGCAAUGUUUUGUAUAAAUGCUGGUACUGUAUUCUGAACACUGGGGUGCUCUACCCCGCCCCUACAAAAAGCAAAUGCAAUUAAGUAGACAGAGACUAAAUGUUACCAAAUUGUUUAGAAGCACUACAAUAAAUGACUAAAUAUUCUCUCUCUA